CACACACACACACAACCGCAAGACGGACAUGAUGAGACGCGUAUGCACAGCGGAUCGGUCAGCUGUAUCACCCUGAGCUGCUGUAUUUCUGUAUGAGAGCGAAACCUAAUUGAGCGAGACAGACGCAUCAUUCCCAUCCUAUUGAAUGGGGACCUUUUCCCAGCCCUCAAUCCUCGAUCAUAACCACAGAAGAAGUCACACACUCUAAAGCAGUCUCUUCUUUUCCCUGCUGGUGCACUGCACUCUAGCUCUGCAAUGCCCAGGGCGUGACCCCUUGUGUCUCCUUCUCCUCCUCCAUCAUGAAGCUGAAGCAGCGUGUGGUGGUGCUGUGCGGUGUGCUGCUGCUGCUGGGCCUGGCCAAGCUCUUUCUGCUGGAUGGAGGCGAAGGCUCGGCCGCCAGUCGCCGGGACCUGCGUGCUUUCCGCAAGAUGGAGGCUAGCCUAGCUCUGGCCAUGAACGCCCGCCUCACACACACGUUGCAGUCACCCUGGGAGGUGGCUGGACAGUGGGUGGGGCCUCGCGAGGUAUACCCAGACGAGACGCCUGAGCUGGCCGCCGUGCUCAGUGCCCUGGCGAGUGCCCGUAUCCAGAGGGCCGACGUCGGCUACAAAGGCACCCAGCUGAAAGCACUACUGGUGCUGGACGGAGGACAGAAGGUGGUGUUUAAGCCGAAGAGGUACAGCAGAGACUAUGUGGUUGAGGGAGAGCCCUAUGCAGGCUAUGACAGGCACAAUGCAGAGAUCGCUGCUUUUCACCUGGAUAGAAUCCUGGGCUUUAGGAGAGCACCUCUAGUGGUGGGGCGGUUUGUGAACCUGCGCACAGAGAUAAAGCCUGUUGCCACCGAGCAGCUACUGAGUACAUUCCUCAUGCACGGGAAUAAUACCUGCUUCUAUGGCAAGUGUUACUACUGCAGGGAGAGUGAGCCCGCGUGUGCUGACGGGGACAUAAUGGAGGGAUCCGUGACACUCUGGCUUCCUGACGUCUGGCCGUUGCAGAAACACAGACAUCCCUGGGGACGCACGUACAGAGAGGGCAAACUUGCCAGGUGGGAGUAUGAUGAGAGUUACUGUGAAGCAGUGAAGAAGAUGCCUCCAUACGAUGCCGGUCCACGCCUCUUGGACGUGAUUGACACGUCUAUCUUUGAUUACCUCAUCGGCAACGCGGAUCGACAUCACUAUGAGAGUUUCCAAGACGACGGUGGAGCCAGCAUGCUCAUUUUACUGGACAAUGCUAAAAGUUUUGGGAACCCAGCUUUAGAUGAAAGAAGCAUUCUGGCUCCUCUCUAUCAGUGCUGCAUGGUACGCGUGUCCACUUGGAACCGAUUAAACCUGCUGAAGGGCGGAGCUCUGAGUUCAGCGAUGCGGCAGGCUACGGCUCACGACCCCGCCCACCCGGUCUUGACCGAGCCUCACCUUGCCGCCCUCGACCGGCGUCUCGGCAGCGUAAUAGUCAACAUACGCCAGUGCAUAGAGAUGCAGGGAACAGAGAGCACGCUUAUCGAAGACCGCAUGAAUCUGCCUCACCCAUAAAGACAUCAGAGAGAGAGAGAGGGAGGUAGCAUUUUAAAUCGAGUUGAAUGCCACGAGUCAGUGCAGACUCUUGCCUUUGGAGGCUCACUUCCUGCGUUCACAGAAUUGCAAGAAGAUCUUAGACUGUGGGAAGUUACCUCAACCCAAACAGGAAGUCGUCUCAAAAAUCAUUAAGACUGGUAUAGACCCUGGCUUCUCCGCAAACCAAAAAAAAAAAUAAUUUCCUUAAAAUUACAUAUAUAUAUGUAGACACACACACGCACGCACACACACACACACACACAUGGACCUCUAAUCUUUUUUCUUCCAUAUUUUCUCAACAUGCAACACACAAGGAAUACCCAUUCCCUUGCCUUGUAAUAUCCCUUUCUAUAAAUUACUCCCUCUUGGUGGUUCCAAGUUUAACAAGCGGCCUGUAACGUCCACCUGGGCUUACAUGGGCUCGGGGACAUUCCAGAGGGGGGUAUUCGCAGACUCGGGCUGCCCCGUGCUGUGUUUAAAGGCAGCAUCAGUGAAAUGUAGUCACUGAAAUCACAAAGCAUUAACAGACUAUCUGGGAAUAGAUAGCCUGUCUACAGAAAAGAUUGUACAUAAGUAACUAUUUAAUGACGAUAUUGAUACACAGAUUGAGUGUUGUGAAUGAUUUAAAUGAUGAUAAUAUUAAGAGUUACUAUGCAGGUUUGCCUGCUUUCAAAAUGUGCAGUAUGAUUUCUGGAUAUAAACGGGUAGCGGGUGGAGGUAGAUGGUGCUGGGGCUCGGAAAGAUGAUGAAAAAAAAAUGAUGGCAUGGAAAGAAAUAAGAGGGUGGUAUUCACACUUGUUUGCAAUGUGUCACUGUGGCUAAAGGUCUUCGUUUCAGGCAAAUAAGAGAUAACAGUCAUUUAAAGAACAGGAUUAUCUGAUUAAACACUGAGAAUCUGGUGUCGCUCCUAUUUGUUUGGGGAAGAUAAGAGUCAGGAUCCCUACUGUGUGAAGAUCCUUUGAACAUUAAAAAGAUAAUAAAAAAAAAAAAAAAAUCACUGUUUUCCUUAUUUCAGAAAAAAAUAUUUUUACCUCAUCAAUUUAUCAGGCUUCAUUGUU